AUGCCGAAUCCAGGAGAAGCCUUAGGAGAUCCGGACAGACGUGAAGCUGACCUUGACGACGAUGAGGGGACGAGCACCGCGGCUGAGGUCAAAGGCAGAAGAGAGUGGACGGAAGAAGAGUGGAGAGAGUGGGAUGAGCGAUGGUGGCACGCUGGGCAGAGCGGUUGGUAUGGCUCUCCAUGGCGUGUCGAGCACGUGAAGGAUGAUGCAGGGGCAGCAUCCACAGCACCUCCUCAGUCGAAGACGGACCCUCCAGAUCCGUGGCAGCAGAGAUCGUGUGACCCAUGGUCCAGGCGGACAUCCGUGGCUACUGGACAAGCUGAUCAGCACUUCCAAGGAGCGUGGUCGACCUGGUGGGCAGGGGGCUAUCAGUCCAAGGGGGACUAUAGCGAUCCUCCAUCCUGGUCAGGUUGGAACAACUAUAGGUUGUGGCGAAGGGCACUCCUUCGAUGGAAUGCAAACACCGACGUAGCCAUCUGGAGGAGAGCUGAGAAGGUUCUCAAGACCUUGGACUGGGAUCUUCAGGCCAAGCUAGAUCAUCUUACCGAGACCACUUUGUCCAGUCCGUCCUACCUCACCGAGAUCCUCAGUGUUUUGGACAUCCUCUCUGGGGAGAAAGAAGACUCUGACCGUCGGAGAGCGGUCCGAGCUGCCUUGUUUGAAGGCGCUAGGAAGCCAGACGAAGGACUGGCUCAGUACGCCUUGAGGAGAGAGUCCCAGUUUGAGCUCGCGAAUCGGUAUGUCAGCCUUCCGGAGGACAUCAAGGGCAUCCUUCUUGAAGAGCAGUCUGGGCUUCCCAGACAAGCGAUGCAGAAUCUUCGAGUCUUGACCAAGGGUCAGCACUCUUACUCUGAAGUGAAGAAGGCCUUGCAGAUAUUGGACUUGGAUGAGGAGAGCAUUAUCAAGAGUGGCAAGACAAGCUACUUCGGUGGAGCUUCCGAGGUGGAGCAUUCCGAGUCCGACAUUGAUGAUGAGGAGAUCUUCCUGGCUUUAGAGGCGCAGGAGGUCGACGAAGAGGAAGCUUUGUGCCUCAUGGCCGACCUUCAGCAGGACCGAAAGAGAACCUGGAAGGAGAACAAGCUCUUGAAAGCCGAGCCGGCCAUUCAACAGGAGAAAGAUGUCCAUCGAGGAGACAAGAAAGUGACCUUCUGCAACAACUGCGGCAAGAAAGGUCACUGGCGAGAAGAUUGUCCGGAACCACCCAAAGAGGGAACUCGCAAGAGUGUCGAUAGAUCAGUCAAGAUGAACGCUUUUGCCUAUCUUGGAGUGGCAGAAGGCUCAGCGAGCUCACCAGCGUUCUUGGUCGGAGACUAUCUGAACUUCCAAUCCGCGAACAGCGGUUGCUUUUUGGAAGUGGCAGCAGGUCAUGCCAUCGUGGACCCUGGAGCUUCGCAAGACCUCAUUGGACUGCGAAGCUACGAGAAGCUUGAGAAGAGGCUGAAUGAAGUUGGUCUGAGAACCAUCAAGCUUGAGGAGUCCCCAUCCAAGGCUUCCGGGGUCGGAGGAGACGCAAAGUCUCUCUUCAUGGCCCUCUCACCUUGUGUUCUUGGCGGACAACCAGGUGUGAUCAAGCUGACCGUAGUGGCCGAUGACAUCCCACAACUUUUGUCCAUAGGACUGUUGGAAUAUGGGAAGGCCAUCAUCGACACCGGGAACAAUCGCAUUCGCUUUCAGGCUUUUGACACGGAGACCACCAUGAAGCGCCUACCUUCGGGCCACCGCCUCGUAGACAUUGCCGACUGGGACGGCAGUGAUUUUCCAAUCCCAGCCAAGUUGUCAGAGGAACUAGGACUUCCUUCUCGGGCCUUUAAUGUGCCCUCGUCAGAGCGUCGAGCAUACAUGGCGGCGAGCCCUGAGUCGGACCAGCUGGCAUGGGACAUACGAGACAGAGGACACCAGGAAGAUUCCACGACCUUCGGAGUGCUCCCAUCCCAAGGCCUACGAGGUCAAGGGUGCGAAUCAACACGGAACUUGGACCAGAUGCUCGAUGUGUCAGACCAAGUUGACCUUUGUCCGCUACAGCAAGGACAAUCCUCCUCCGGCUGCCCGCAUGACCAAGUCAGCGACGGUGGAGACCUAUGUGUGAGCAAGCCGGCACCUAGCACGCCGGGCGCUUCGAGCGGCUAUCUACCUCCACCCAUGAUGACUUCGGAGACCUCACCGCCGCCAGAUCUCAUGCCGGACAUCCAACGAGCGCUUCAGGGCCAGACACAGCAGCUGGCUCAGAGCACUGCUGCCGUGAUGUCUCAAGUCAUGUCUCCUGUCAUCGAGGGAUUUCACCAGGCUCUGCGCUGUCAAGUGGAGGAACAGCAGAGAGCACAAGAGCGACAGGACGCCCAGAUGCAGCAGCUGUUCUUGGCACAGCAACGCAUCAUGCAACAGAACGACAUGACGAGGCAGCAGGGCGCCUGUUUCCCAGCUCUUUCCCCAGAAGAGAUCCAGCGGCUGCUUGCGCAGGGCUUUGCCGACACGAGGCGCUACAUGCAGCAGCAGGGGAUCAACGAGGACGAGGACUGGGAUGCCAUUCCGGAGAGUCCUCCGGGUCAGAACUGA